AUGUCGGCCCUUCGACCGCCCGUCGCCCACAGGCAGGUACUUCUCGAACUUGUCCGCCAGCGCGCCCCCUCAUCUUUCCACUCGUCAGCCGUCGGCGGCUUCCGGCCCGCGCAGUCGCCAUCACACCGCCUCGGCAGCACCGUCCCCUCUUCGUCCUCAGUCCCCUGCUUGGCCUCGUCGUCGAGGCUUCUCCACACGUCCGCCCCUCGCUGCCUCGCACAGCCGGCCCAGCAGGCGUCCACCGCCAAGGAGACCCCAGCCUCUGAAAAGGCCACGCAGACCGUACAGGCGUCGGCGUGGACGCCGAACUCGCAGCGCGUCGGCCUCAUUGCCAUCAAGCAAGGCAUGACUUCCUUCUUCCUCCCCAACGGCGAACGCAUCCCCGCCACGGUUCUUCAGGUCCACACCAACCAGGUCUCGGCCCACAUCGGCUUCGACAAGGAUCCCAGCGAGAACCCUUACACGGCCAUCCAGGUGGCCGCCGUCGAUGCCAAGGGGCGCAAUCACAUCACCAGGCAGGUGCUCGGUCACCUGCGCAAGGCCCACAUCAAGAAGGCCAAGAAGGUCAUUCGCGAAUUCCCUGUCUCGCGGGAUGCCAUCGUGCCACUAGGCACCAAGCUGUCAGCUGUGCACUUUGUCCCCGGCCAAUCGAUCGAUGUCCGCGCCAUCACGAGAGGCAAGGGUUUCCAGGGUGUCAUGAAGAGGUGGGACUUCAAGGGCCUUCGCGCAUCGCACGGUGUCUCCAUCUCGCACCGCUCGCAUGGCUCCACCGGCCACUCGCAAGAUCCAGGCCGCGUCUACCCGGGCAAGAAGAUGGCCGGCCGCAUGGGAGGGAACAAGCACAGCACCAUCCACAACUUGCUCGUGCUGCGCGUCGAUUCGACGAACGAGACGAUUCUGGUCAAGGGCAACGUUCCAGGGCCCGAGGGGGCUCCCGUGACGCUGGUGGAUGCGCAACGCCCCGCGUGGAAGGCGCAAAAGAUCUUCCGACGCGGUCGCCUGCCGACGGGCGAAGCGCUGACGGGCAAGGAGGACGACUCCAUCUACCUCGCGCAGGGAGUCCAGAAGCUCCCCUUCCCUGCCGGCGACGAUAAGCUCGCCCGCACACUGCCGCCGGUUGUCGAGGUUGGCCUCAAUUGA